AUGUUUCUUUAUUCCUGUUCAAUGGAUGAAGGGAAGUUGACUGAGAAUGAGAGAUUCUUUCUCUUCCACUCAUUCUCCUUUUGUAUUUAUCUCCUUUUUUUCUGUUCCUUUUUUUGUUUAUUCUUCUCUUUCACCACCGUAUUUUUUCUUUACUAUUCUAUUCUCAUUCUUUUUUUAUCACUUUGGGAGUUUCUUUUCUUUUCCUUCCUACUCCCUAUCAUUUUCUCGGCCAUUUUGUUAAAGAUCUCUUUCCUGUCUUUUCUCUUGGCUCUUUUUUUUUUAUUUUUGCUUAUAUCUGAACUUUUCUUUCGACCCAUUCUUCUUAUGAUUGUCUUAUUUUUCCUUUCUUUCUCUCUGCUUUUUCCUGCUUUUAUUAUUCUGAUUGAUAUUUUUCAGUUUAUUUCUAUCUCCUCUCUCUAUUCCCCUCUUUCUUUUCUCUCCCAUUUCUCCUUCCUCUUCUUUUCUCUCAUCCUCCCUUUCUUCAGCCUUCCCUCACCUCCACCUCUUCUUUUCUCCCUCCUCUCUUUUCUCUUUAGCCUUUCUUGCCUGCUCUUUUUAUUUCCCUUUCUUAUCUCUUUUCUCCCCCUCCUAUUUUUUCUUUUGUCUCCUUUUUCUCUUCUUCCACUCCUCCCAUUCUCCCUUUAUUCUCUUUCUCUUCUCCUUUGCUUGUCUUCUUCUCUUUCUCUUCUCCCUUUCUUCUGUCCUCUCCUUUCUCUUCUCCCCUCUUUCUAUUCACCCUUUCUUUCCUCCUUUCUUAUAUCUGCUACCCCCUUUUCCUUCCUGUUUCUGUUUUACUCUCUUCCUCCUAUACUACCUGGCUCCAAGUUCUAG